GAAUUUUCAUACCCAUCUUACUCGUUCUCGUUUUCCACUCAAGGUGUUCGAUUCCAACUGGCAAAUGCUACUGGCACCGCUUCUGAUUUUCAGCUGCCGAAUUGUUAAUGGACUAGAUAAUGGUCUGGCGCUCGUACCUCCGAUGGGCUGGAUGCCGUUUGAAAGGUUUCGCUGCAUCACCGACUGUGUCCGGUUCCCCAGGGACUGCAUCAGUGAAUCGCUAAUCAGACGUACGGCGGACCUCUUAGUUUCCGAGGGCUAUGCUGAUGCAGGAUAUCAAUACUUGAUUAUUGAUGACUGUUGGAUGGAAGCCUCUCGCGACGACGCCACACAUGAGCUUAAGUCCAGCUUCGAUCGCUUUCCCGGUGGAAUGAGAGUUCUCGGCGAUUUUAUUCAUUCUCUAGGGCUCAAGUUUGGACUUUACCACGAUGUGGGGGAGAGAACGUGCAUGUUCCGGGGGCCUGGGGCGGCAAGGCACUUUGAGCUGGAUGCUCAGACCUUCGCCAACUGGGGCGUCGACUACGUCAAGAUGGACGGCUGCUACGCUAGUGAAAAAGAAAUGGACAGAGGAUACCCCGCCUUUGGAAGGGCCAUGAACCGGACGGGUCGUCCAAUGGUGUACUCUUGCAGUUGGCCCUUUUACAAGUCAAAGCCAGACUUCUCAUUGAUCGCGAUGCACUGCAAUCUCUGGAGGUUCGCUCUCGACGUAGAGGACUCAUUUGGAUCGGUGACAAAUAUAAUGUCGCUUUAUUCUAGCAAACAGAAUAUUCUGACUGAGCACGCUGGCACUGGUCGCUGGAACGAUCCGGAUAUGCUUGUCCUGGGAAACUUUCGUCUGAGCUACGACGCCAGCCGGUUGCAACUGGCUAUAUGGGCGGUGAUUGCAGCACCUUUAAUUAUGACCAACGACUUGGAAACCGUAAGGCCCGAAAUAAAGAAACUCCUCCAGAACCGGGAUAUAAUUGCGAUUGACCAGGACCCGUUGGGUGUGCCUGGAAAAAUGGUCCUGGCGGUGCAAAACAUUCAGGUUUGGGUUCGAUCCGUAACUCCGCUGAGCAACUUUGGGACAAACUCCUUUGCAGUAGCGUUCGUCAAUAAUGGAGGUUUUGGUCCAUGCCCUUUGUGUCCUCAGACUUUUCAGGUGACCUUGCAAAGACUUGGCCUAAACAGCCGCAUGGGCUAUUAUGUGAUCGACUUGUUUAACAGCACCGACAACUUAGGUUUGUUUAAGCCAAAGGAUAUGUUUACUACGAGAAUCAACCCGGAAGGCGUUACAUUCUACAAGUUCGAGGUGGUGCCGUUCUACUGAUUUCACUAGAAUACACAUUUCAAUUACUGCCAAAAAGAAAAUUUUUUCUGAUUUUUUUAAAGUGUAAUUUAAAUCUUUUAUUUGUUCUAGUGUAUAAGGUUAGGUAGGCAAUGCAAAAAUAGAUAAAAUUACAUAAAUAGAAAAAAACAUAUCUAUAUCUCAAAAGCUUUUUAAGAUUACCUCAAGAGCUCUUUUAAAUUUUAUACGAAAAUGGACAAAUCAUCUGUUUGCUUGAAACUUCAGAUAAUAUGCAUGUACAUUAUUUGUACUGAAAUCUAAUUAAAUCGUAUUUAUAAUAAAGUUAACGUGCCAAUAACAGUGUUCUACAAAAUAAAAAUAAUAUAAUACUCA